AACAAGGACGGCUCCCGUGUCCCCCCCCCCCGCCAAGAAGCCGCCGUGUGCGCGGGAACGCAGGGGGUCGGCCAACUCGCAGCAGGUGAAACGCAGAACCUCCUUCUACCUCCCCAAAGACGCCUCGAAGCACCUGCACCUCACCUCCCGCACCACCGCCAGCGAGGUCAUCCAGGCGCUCCUCCGCAAGUUCACCGUCCUGGACAACCCGCGCAAGUUCGCCUUGUUCCAGCGGACGGAGGGGGAGGGGCAAGCCUCCCAGAGGAAGUUGUCGGACGAGGAGGAGCCUCUGGCGCUGCGUCUCCUGGCCGGGCCGUGCGAGAAGACUCUGAGCUUCCUGCUGAAGGAGAACGAGACCGGGGAGGUCAAUUGGGACGCCUUCAGCAUGCCGGAGCUGCAGAACUUCCUGCGCAUCCUGCAGCGGGAGGAGGAGGAGCACAUGCGGCAGCUCAUCCAGCGCUACACCCGCUGCCGCCAACAGAUGCAGGAGGCCCUGGCGGAGCGCGCACCCGGCUGACCACCCGGCGCGCACAUUGCGGAGAGGAGCGCAUGACGACUGCGAGACUGAUCCCCGAGACGCAAACGCGGUGUGACUGGAGUCUGAGUGUUGGGGGGCCACGGC